AUGAAAAAUCCUAGUCUGAGGGGGAAAGAACAUUAUAAGGCUAUCACUCUUAGGAGUGGUAAACAAACUAGCGAACUGUUUAUCAACUCUACUGUAGCAACUCAAGAUACGGAUGGACUGAUCACUGGUGAGAAGGUUGAAUCUGAUGAAUUUGUCGAUGCAUCAGACAAAGAAGUUCUACAAAUUAUCAUUCAUAUCAGCAUUCCUUUAGUAGAUGCUCUGGUACAAAUUCUGAGUUAUAGGAAAUUUAUGAAAGACCUCUUGUCCAAGAAGAAAAAGCUCAUUGAUAUUGAAACUAUUGCAAUCACAGAAAACUAUAGUGUUGUUUUGACAAACAAGUUACCCUCUAAAUUGAAAGAUCCUGAGAGCUUUACCAUCCCAUAUUCAAUUGGCAAUCAUUAUUUGGGUAAGGCUUUAUGCGACUUGGAAGCUAGCAUUAACCUAAUGCCACUAUCCACUUUCAGAAAGCUAGGAAUUGCUCACCUGAAAUCUACUACAGUAGACAAGGAGGUUCCCAAAAUCUUGGGACAACCAUUUUUAGCCACCGCUCGAACUCUGAUUGAUGUUAAGAAAGGUGAACUAACCAUGCAACUUAAUGAUGACCAAGUCACCUUCAGUGUUUUUGAAUCUAUUCAAUGCAAGGAAAAAGAAGAAUGUCAUACUGUUGAUGUGCUAGAUGAUCUAAUCAAGGAAGAAUUCAAAGACCAAAGCACAGUACUUUCUGAAGAUUUUGCAGUGACAUCUGAUGUCGAAUGCUUAAAUGAUUGUCACAGCAUGGUUGAAGCUAAUAAACUUGAACUCAAGCAUGGAUGGCAGAUUGAACCCUUAGACCUAGCCAAUAGAACAACCCCAAUUUUCAAACCAUCUAUUAAAAAAGCUCCUACUAUAGAAUUGAAAUUAACCACUACCUCCUCAUCUUAA